AUGAAGGUGCCUGCAGCUGCCCUCGCCGUCCUCCUCUGCGCCAUGGCCCUUUGCAACCAGGUCUUCUCGGCACCAUAUGGUUCUGACACCCCAACGGCCUGCUGCUUCUCCUACACCACCCGGCAGCUUCCUCGUAAAUUCGUAGCCGACUAUUUUGAGACCAGCAGCCAAUGCUCCAAACCCAGCAUCAUCUUCCAAACUAAAAAAGGCCGGGAGGUCUGUGCUGACCCCAGGGAGGACUGGGUCCAGGAAUACAUCACCGACCUGGAGCUGAAUGCCUGA